ACCUGGCCCAGACGGGCCGAUCAGUUUUAUCAGCAAGUUAUUCUUUGUUUGGAGACGAUAACAGUGUUUUGAAUUUAGACAAUUUAGCCUUCCAGAAUGAUACCGAAAUCAAGAAUUGCAUCGUUGAUGCGAACCGUUGCCAAUGGGUCUUGCGGUUGUCCCGCCCACUCCAGGCCAUCAACAGGAUCGUCGAACAUUUCCACCGAAAAGGAGUAUGCCUUUGAGAUGUCCUCCUCAACCAUCCGGUACGGCCCGGGGGUCACCAAAGAGCUUGGCCAUGAUCUGCAAAACUUGAACGUCAAACGCGCCUGCAUCGUAACGGACAAGAACGUGCUGAAGCUGCCCUCGGUACAGUUCGCGUUCGAUUCGCUAGCCCGUGCUGGUAUCCAGUUCGAGGUGUACGACGAGACCCGGGUUGAACCCACGGAUGGUAGCUUGAUCCGGGCGGCUGAAUACGCUCGCAAACACGAUUUUGAUGGGUACGUUGCCAUCGGGGGUGGUUCCGUCAUUGAUACGUGCAAAGCGGCCAAUCUGUUCAGCGCCGAUCGCGAGGCGGAGUUUCUGGACUACGUAAAUGCUCCAAUUGGGAAGGCGAAAGAAGUUAGCGUCAAGUUGAAACCGCUGAUCGCGGUGCCUACCACGGCGGGGACCGGCUCCGAAACUACCGGAGUGGCGAUCUUCGACUAUAAAGAACUGCACGCCAAGACCGGAAUAUCCAGUAAGUUUCUAAGACCCACGUUGGGCCUGGUAGACCCACUGCAUACCCUGUCCCAACCGGAGAAAGUCGCCGCGUACUGCGGGUUCGACGUGUUCUGCCACGCCCUGGAAAGCUUCACGGCGGUUCAGUACACCGAACGUGGACCGGCUCCGAGUAAUCCAAAGUUUCGACCUCCCUACCAGGGUAGCAACCCGAUAUCGGACGUUUGGGCACGGUUUGCGCUCAAGAUCAUCCGAGAUCACUUCCGGUCGGCGGUGUUCAACGCGGAUGACUUCAAGGCUCGAUCGAGCAUGCACUUGGCUUCGACGAUGGCUGGCGUCGGUUUUGGGAAUGCUGGAGUUCAUCUGUGCCACGGACUGUCCUAUCCGAUUUCGGGCUGUGUGAAAAAGUUUGUUCCCCGUGGGUACGACGCGGAUCAUCCGAUCAUUCCGCACGGACUGUCGGUGGUCAUGACGGCACCGGCCGUGUUCCAGUUCACCGGACGGUCCUGCCCGGAUCGGCACUUGGAAGCGGCAGAGAUUCUUGGAGCCGAUGUCUCAAAAGCCAAACGAGAGGAUGCUGGAGCGAUCCUGGCGGAUGUCGUGAGAAAGUACAUGUACGAUCUGAAGGUGGAGAACGGAUUGACGGCGCUCGGCUUCGAAAGGUUGGACAUUCCAGCUUUGGUUGAAGGAACGCUGCCACAGGAACGUAUUACGAAACUAGCUCCGCGAGCUCAGACGAAAGAAGAUUUGACCGGGCUGUUUGAAAAUUCAAUGACGAUCUAUUGAGAUAUUGUUAUUUACUUUAAAGUUGUUUAUUUUUUAAUAAAUUUCAUUCAAUAUUUUUGUUUUAUUCGACUUAGAAAAAAAAAUUAACGUGGCUUAACCUCAAAUGGUUGUGCAAUAAAAUAUAUACCCUGAGGAAGAUUGAACCUGGAGAUCGACACGUUAAUGAAUAUGUAGUUGCAAUUUCAUAGCAAGCCAAUUUAGCUAAAACUCUUUCAUAAACAACUAUAGAAACAUUCAGCAAAUGCUUGAGCACCAAAUGGCGAUCUUUUGAACCUGUCUAGAAUAUCACGCAUUACCAGCGCAGCACGCAAUAACAACAUAAAACCAAGUCCCGUGGAACCACCGCGGGACAUCGCAACAAGUUGUGGCUCGGAAUCGGCCGUACAAUUCAUCAGCUUUGUUGAUGUUUACGGGCAUUUUCUAAAUUUACCCACCGACGAUCGUCUGUACAAGUUGGCAUGUAAACAUAGAAUACGAGAACGAGCGAAAUGGGUGAAGAACAACAAAAUAUUAAAAUGACGCCGCUGAAUACCGGUAAAAUGA